AUGAAAGAUGGAACUCCCAAUGAAAAUCGUGUUCCACAAACAAAUACAACGUUAGAAAACAAUUUCUUUCCAUCUUUAUUUAGCAAGAUGGUUUUGGAAGCUGGUUCAAAUCCGAUAGAAACAAUCAAAAAUCCUGGGGAAUUCGACACAAUGUUGAAAACAGUUUUAUAUCCUAAAGAUGUCGAUUCAGUCUCAGGUUGGAUACCCGAUGUUGGCGAUGGAAGUGUUUUAAAAGAACCGGUAAGAAAUCUUGCAAAUGAUGCCGAUUUAGCUAGAGUGAGAGUUGUUGCUCGAAACACGAUAGAAAGAGUAUUACGAGCAGUUAAUCAUGGAUUCGAAAAACGAGUACUUCAGUAUAAUAAUGUUGUUGAGAAUAAUAGGUGGGGUAAUUACGUAAAUUGGAAAUUAUAUCCUUUAUCGGUCUGUUGGAACAUAGAAAAGUUUCCCUAG